AUGACCGAGUCGGGGGAGAUAAGUGAGUUUGGCUACAUCAUGGAAUUGCUAGCCAGAGGCAAGGUUACCAUUAAGAAUAUCGAAAGAGAGCUCAUUUGCCCCGCAUGCAAGGAGCUUUUUACCCAUCCGUUGAUUCUCCCUUGUCAACACAGUAUCUGUCAUAAGUGUGUAAAAGAACUCUUGCUGACACUCGACGAUUCCUUCAACGAUGUGGGAUCGGACAAUUCCAAUCAGAGCAGUCCUCGACUCCGGCUCCCCUCUCCUAGCAUGGACAAAAUUGACAGAAUUAGCAGACCAGGCUGGAAGCGCAGCUCCCUGACCCCUAGGACCACCACUUUUCCUUGCCCUGGCUGUGAGCAUGACGUGGAUCUUGGAGAACGAGGAAUCAAUGGUCUGUUUCGCAAUUUCACUUUGGAGACCAUUGUCGAGAGGUACCGGCAGGCAGCCAGGGCAGCCACGGCCAUCAUGUGUGACCUCUGCAAACCCCCACCGCAGGAGUCCACAAAAAGUUGCAUGGACUGUAGCGCGAGCUAUUGCAAUGAGUGCUUCAAAAUUUACCACCCGUGGGGUACCGUGAAAGCUCAGCAUGAGUACGUGGGCCCAACCACGAAUUUCAGGCCCAAGAUUUUAAUGUGCCCAGAACAUGAAACUGAGAGAAUUAACAUGUACUGUGAGUUGUGUCGGAGACCGGUUUGUCACCUCUGUAAGCUGGGCGGCAAUCAUUCCAAUCACCGAGUAACCACUAUGAGCAGUGCCUACAAGACCUUAAAGGAAAAGCUUUCAAAGGAUAUUGAUUACCUUAUUGGCAAGGAGAGCCAGGUGAAGAGUCAAAUUUCUGAACUCAACUUGUUAAUGAAAGAAACCGAGUGUAAUGGAGAGAGAGCUAAAGAAGAAGCAAUCACACAUUUUGAAAAGCUCUAUGAGAUUCUAGAAGAGAGGAAAUCAUCUGUUUUGAAAGCAAUUGACGCUUCUAAGAAACUGCGAUUAGACAAAUUUCAGACCCAAGUGGAGGAGUAUCAGGGGCUUCUAGAGAACAGCGGGCUUGUGGGAUAUGCCCAAGAAGUGCUUAAGGAGACGGACCAGUCUUGUUUUGUACAGACGGCGAAACAACUCCACCUCAGAAUACAGAAGGCUACGGAAUCUUUGAAGAGCUUUAGACCUGCGGCUCAGACUUCUUUUGAAGACUAUGUUGUUAAUACAUCUAAACAAACAGAACUUCUUGGGGAGUUGUCCUUCUUCUCUAGUGGUGUAGAUGUGCCAGAGAUCAAUGAGGAGCAGAGCAAGGUGUAUAACAAUGCUCUGAUCAACUGGCACCAUCCAGAAAAGGACAAAGCUGACAGCUAUGUCCUUGAAUAUCGGAAGGUUAACAGAGAUGAAGAGAUGCUGUCUUGGAACGAGAUAGAAGUGUGUGGCACGAGUAAAGUCGUUCCCGAUCUGGAAAGCAAUUGUAACUAUGCUUUCAGAGUAAGAGCCUACAAGGGCUCAAUCUGUAGUCCUUGCAGCAGGGAGCUGAUUCUUCACACCCCUCCAGCUCCAGUUUUUAGUUUCCUCUUUGAUGAAAAAUGUGGCUAUAAUAACGAACGCCUCUUGCUGAACUUGAAGAGAGACCGUGUUGAGAGUAGAGCUGGGUUUAAUCUUCUGCUUGCCGCGGAGCGUAUCCAAGUGGGUUAUUACACCAGUUUAGACUACAUCAUUGGAGACGUUGGAAUUACCAAGGGGAAGCACUUCUGGGCCUUCCGCGUGGAACCGUAUUCAUACCUGGUAAAAGUGGGGGUCGCUUCCAGCGAUAAGCUACAAGAAUGGCUCCAUUCUCCCCGGGAUGCAGUUAGUCCAAGAUACGAGCAAGACAGCGGCCAUGACAGCGGAAGUGAAGAUGCCUGCUUUGAUUCACAGCCCUUCACGUUAGUCACCAUAGGCAUGAAGAAGUUGUUCAUACCCAAGUCAGCCACUUCCGCCAAUGAACCUGAGAAUAGAGUUCUUCCGAUGCCAACAAGUAUAGGGAUUUUCCUUGACUAUGACAAAGGCAGAGUGGCUUUCUAUGACAUGGAUCACAUGAAAUGCCUUUACGAGCGCCAGGUGGACUGUUCGCACACGAUGUACCCAGCAUUUGCAUUAAUGGGCAGUGGAGGAAUUCAGCUUGAGGAACCCAUCACAGCAAAAUAUCUAGAAUACCAAGAGGACAUGUAG